AUGUCCCACUCACUCUCUCUCAUCACCUUUCUCUCUCUACUCUUCCUCUUCCUCUUCUCCUCCGUAACCGCCACCACAAUCGGCGUUACUUACAUCUCCUCCCCAACUCUCCCGCCACCGGAAAAGGUUGUCGACGUCCUCCAAUCCCUAAAGAUUACCGCCGUCCGCCUCCCUGUUGCUGACCCUGACAUCAUCCGAGCUUUCUCCUACACUAACAUCUCUCUCUUCCUCGUCAUUCCUAAUUCACUCAUUCCUUCCAUCUCCGGCAACCGUUCUGCCGCCUCCCUCUGGAUCUACAAGCACGUCAUCCCUUUCUACCCGCGUGCGCAGAUCACUGCCAUAUCCGUCGGAAAUAACGUCCUCGCUGAAGGCGAUGUUACUACCGCCGACCUCCUCCUUCUUGCUAUUCGUAACGUCCAUCGCUCCCUCGUGGACGUGGGGAUUCGGCAAAUUACCGUCUCCACAACUUUCUCCUUUGUCAACAUCAUGACGACAUCGUUUCCGCCUUCGUCGGCUGAGUUCCAAGAACCCGCUGGUAAAUUCGUCAUCAAACCCUUACUCCAGCUCUUAACCGAAACAAAUUCAUCGUUCUUCGUGAAUUUGUACCCCUACUCCGUCUACAAAUUACGACCGGAGAUCCCAAUCGGAUUCGCACUGUUUCAAGAACUCGCUUAUAACUUUAGAGAUGAUACAGUCACCGGCGUCAGAUACCGCAACUUGUUCGAUCUAAUGGUGGAUGCUGUUAUUGCAGCGAUGGCUGUCGCUGGACACGAGAACAUUCCGGUGGUUGUGGCGGAGACAGGGUGGCCGUGCUUCGAUCCCUCCACUGAAGCAGAAGCACGUGGCGUUUAUGCUAAGAUGUACUUGCAAGGUUUAGUUAAUCAUCUCCGAUCAGGUAAAGGGACGCCGCUGAGGAAAGAAGGGGUGGCGGAUGUGUACAUUUACGAACUGUUUGAUGCAAAUGAAUCUGUCACCAAAAAUCAGGCUUUGAGGAGUGGGGGAACAUGGCAAAAUUGGGGGGUUUUGUUUCCCAACAUGAGUAUGAAGUUCCAAAUCAAUUUCUCUAACGGUGGUUCCAUCUCCCCAGCAGCGGUGUACGAUAUCGUUUUCUGUUUCCUAUUACUGGUAAUUGGUUAUUCAAAUUACUUGAGAUAG